GAAGUCUGAGUCUGGGUCUGGGUAAGAUAACGAGACCCUUUUGGUUUCCGUUCGACUCUACAAGUAACACAUCCUCACUGCAGGUAUUCUAAACGCCUUUCCCAUAAGAGAGAUAUCCGCUUUUAUCUUGCCUUCUUUCUGAUGGACGAGCCCAAGGUUGAGAUUAGCGACGUGAUUCGCGAGACCAUCCAGUCUGAUGACCCCAACGUGACUAUCGCAAACCUCGAAAAGUAUUUCACCGAAGACGCCCACCUCCAUUUCUCGAUCUUCAAGCAACCUCAUGUCGCCCGAGGCCGUCAAUACCUCAAAGGGAUCUAUAAACUCUUUCGACUGGUCACCAUCAACAAUAAGGUCGAAAUCCAUUCAGUGAUGUUUAGUCAGGAUGGAUUGUUGGGAGCAAUAGAAUGCACUCAAAGUGGACAACUUCGACUUUGGUCAAUAAAGUCUACGUUCAAAUUUUCGUGUAUCCUUCGACUAGACUUGCGCAAGAAUCGGAAAGGAAAGUACCGGAUUCGACGUCAACGAUACGAUCUGUCGACAGAAGCAGAUGGUUCUCGGUGGCCCUUGCCGCCCGGAGUGGGCUUCAUGGUCGAUCUUCUUUCCUGUUUGAUGGCCUGGCUCAUGGCUCUCUUGGGGCAGUUCCUUGCUCACCGAGGCUUACUCAACCUCUGAAGAGACUCAAUCUCCCUUGAUUUGUCAUUUUAGAACACGGAGUUUCAAAAAAAAAAAACAGUCAUGAUGAUCAUCAAGAGCCGAAGAUUCACAUAUCAUUCUAAUUAAUUAAUGAGUAGAUCCCUUCCUGCUCUGGCUUUCUAAGUUUACAAAUAAGAGAGUGGUAACUGGC